GCCAGUGGUGCCCUACGUCAGCGACCAGUAUUGGAGAAGCACGGCGCCCUCAAGUCCUUAGCAGUUGCGUUGCCUUUCAUCUACAUUGGAGCAAUGAUCAGUAUGAACGGUGCGGCCUACCUGGAGGAGCAUGACAUAUUCGUGCCGGAGGACGACGAUGAUUGA